AUGUCUUUUCGGUCAAGGGAGCUGCUCCAUUAUUUUCAUGACAGCCAUGACAGCUCUGAUUUGGUUCUUAGCAAAGCCUCCAGAAACAUCUUCUCAUCUGUCGUUCAACAUCCGGAUGCUUUACGAGAUACUCUCCUCGUUGCGGGCUUGCACUACGCAUGGACCGUUGGCGACCUCCAAACAUACAAAUCAACAUUCUUAUUCCACAAAGUGUCUACAAUCCGUAUGUUGAACGGAUGGUUACAGAACAUACAGCAGCCGGGAUUGAUGACCUUCAUUCGACAUGUCUCAAUCCUCUGCUUCAUAGAGGCUUCAUACGGAAACAUGGGCGACACAGAGUCUCACAUGAACGGGCUUAUCAACGCGGUCCAUCUGCUCAGCCCCCUCGACGACAGCUUUAGUCAAAGGUCAAAUCUCGAAGAAGAGCUUGCGAAUCGAUACCUCUUACUAACGUAUUACGCUUACCAAGGCUUCAAGGCCAGAAUAUCGGGCAGCGAAGCACUGAAGAAUAUGUUUCGCCAGAACAACACAGCAACCUUCUCCACGUUUGUAUCCCUCAUACAUUUUUGGAAGACCCAGAAUAUCGGGCAUCUUGAAAUGCGACUCAACGCUAUGAAGCUUUUACCGUUUUUCUUCGCGGCGCUCCCAUCCACAGCCAAGUUCCACGACAUUGAUGCAUCUCCAUUGGUCGACUGCUUGAGACACGUAACGACGUCAACCCAGACAGUCAAGGAAGACCGUUACAAAUGCGAUCCAAGCUGGGAGUGGAUAGAGGGUUCUGAGUCCAGGUUGCUGUGCGCCACCAUUGGCUCUCACUUCUCGUCUAUGUUCGAAGACGACAUGUCUACUUCGCUGAGUUCCAGCAGGUACCGAACUUCUUGGUCCGGCAUGUGCGCAGCCUCAAGUUUGUACCUUCACAGUGUCCUGGACCUAUGGAACGGCGGGAGUCCCAUGGAGCCUCGUCUCCUUCUGAGAUUCCUGUCGAUUCUGAAACGAGACCUUGAUCAAAGUAUCGACUUGCUGGGUUCAAACGCGGGACAAGACUUUUGGUUCUGGAGAGCGUUUUUAGGUGCAUAUAGCAUCGCAAAACAUCAAGCGCAGAGCCAUGACCCGACUUUAAAUAGCCUUCAGCAAGCUUUUGGUGGGUUUGUUGAGUCGUGGAAGAGGGCCACUGGGUUAGCGCUUUGGGGAGAAGUCCACGAUCGUCUUUCAUCAGUGGCAUGGCCUACCAACCAGGGUCAGGAACUGGGACCGAACGUUUGGGGAAGUGCUAUUGAGUUUGAGACAUCCCGAUGA